CAAGUGAUUAUGAUGUGACAACAACGCGCAAUUGCGUCAGUUUUUCCAUUUGACAACUCUAGAAUUUAGUUAGUAGAAAUUGUAUAUAGAGAGGAGAUUGGAUUUACGAUUUAUUCAGUGUAAUUUGUAUUUUCUUAACGAUAAAGAGUGCUGUGAUUUUACAUUUUAAAUAAACAACUUUUAAUUUUUAUAUUGAUUUAUUUGGCAUUAUUAUUUUUUAAAUAUGCCGGAAAAUACUUCACAAAAUGGACACAAAUAUACUAGAGUUUGGUGUGAUGGGUGUUAUGAUAUGGUACAUUUUGGUCAUGCAAAUUCCCUUCGACAAGCUAAAGCAUUGGGAGAUUAUCUGAUUGUGGGGAUUCACACAGAUGAAGAAAUUAUGAAACACAAAGGACCUCCGGUUUUUACUGCGGAGGAGCGAUACAAAAUGGUUAGAGGAAUAAAAUGGGUCGAUGAAGUAGUAGAAGGAGCUCCUUAUGUAACUACAUUGGAGACCUUAGAUAAACAUAACUGCGAUUUUUGUGUACAUGGAGACGACAUUACAUUAACAGCUGAUGGAGUAGAUACUUAUCAUUUAGUAAAAAGUGCUGGAAGAUAUAGGGAGGUUCAGAGGACAGCUGGCGUUUCUACCACAGAUUUAGUUGGUAGGAUGCUUCUUUUAACUAGGAAUCAUUUUAAACAAGGUCAGUAUGAGUACGAUGUUGCUAGGGAGCAUUCAUCGUCAAUGGGCCAAGACUCACUUGCUAGAUCUCCUUGGACAGGUUGUUCGCAGUUUUUACCUACCACGCAAAAAAUUAUUCAAUUUUCUGAUGGGAAACCACCAAAACAAGGCGAUAGGAUAGUUUAUGUCGCAGGAGCUUUUGAUCUAUUCCACGUUGGCCAUUUGGACUUUUUGGAAAAGGCAAAAGAAAAGGGUGAUUAUAUUAUCGUUGGUCUUCAUACAGAUCCAGUCGUUAAUAGAUAUAAGGGCACAAAUUACCCAAUAAUGAAUCUUCAUGAAAGGGUUUUGAGCGUAUUGGCGUGCAAAUAUGUUUCAGAAGUGGUAAUAGGUGCCCCUUAUCUAGUAACGGAAGAUUUGAUGGAGCACUUUAAAGUUGAUGUAGUCGUUCAUGGAGAUACGCCAGUUAUGCCCGACGUGGACGGCAGCGAUCCCUACGAAUAUCCAAAAAAAGUUGGAAAGUUUGUGACUGUAAAAUCUGGCAAUGACAUGACAACGGAAAAAAUAGUUGAACGAAUAAUAAGGAAUAGGUUACAGUUUGAAAAUAGGAAUAUCAAAAAAGAAAUGAAAGAGUUGGAUGUGCUUAAAAAAUUGGAAUCACUUGAUUUCAAACAAAACGGACAUGUGACAAGUUUGUAGAAUUACUCACCCUAAAAUAAUGCAAUCAAGAUAACAAGUUUUUGGAUCGCUCUGUAUAUAAAUGUGUUCCUAUUUAUUUUUUAAAAGGAUUCUACACAGUGAUAUAUGUAUAUACCGACCGAACUUUGCAAAGUUUUUUUUUAUUUUUUAUAUUGUCUUUUAGGGCAAAAUGUUUAUGUAACUAAUUAUUUUACAAUUUAUUUUGUUCUAUUAUAAUUUAUUGAAUGUACUUUGAAUAUUAGGAGUUAUUAAUAUAAUUAUGUUGUUACAGUAC